AUGAUCGCCUUGAAGACUCAGACCGACGGCCCACCACGGACCCGAAAACAGGCUGUGGGAGAAGCACCAUCUUCUAGGGUCGUGUCCAAACCGGUCCCGACUUCCCAGGCAGAUGACCCUCGUGGUUAUCAGGUCGAGCAACUUCGACGACGAUUCUCCCCAAAGGAGUCCACUGCUGCUGAUGGGACCACGUCCCUGGUGUUCAAGUUGAAGCCCUCAGACCCCGACUUUCCCUUUGAACUGGCCCACCUCGAGUGCCAUGUGCGCGUCCCCGCCAAUUAUCCGGAUGAAAGACCGGAGCUGCGUGUAAAGAACAGCAACAUCCCCCGGGGGUUUGGUAUCAAUAUCGAAAGGGGUUGGGACAGGCUGGCCAUGGAGAGGAAGGGAGCCACUAUUCUCUCUAUUGUGAAUGCUCUAGAUAAGAACUUGGAAAAGUUUCUGUCCGAGGAAAAGGUAGAAACAGUCAAGUUGGUGGCCUUUAAGGAUACAAGGCAUCUGGAUGAUGCCGUCUCUGUCCCGACGCCGGAACUGAGCGGCGCGCCAACUGAGCCAGUCAAGUCAAAGCCAGCUGCAAGACCCUAUAUUCCGGAGGAGUCAUACUCAAAGGAGCAGAUUGCCGAGGCCAAGGCGAGGAGAGCCCAAGAAGUUCGCCAACUGGAGGCACGCAUGGGCAGGCUGCCUAGGUUUCGACGCUCGGCGGAUGGGAUUGUGUUUACCUUGCCGAUCGAGCCGAAGAGAAGGAAUGAGCUGCCUCCUGGCCUUCACUCCGUCAACAGUCUCCACCUCAUCGUUCCGCUAUUGUACCCGCUGCAGGAUCUCAGAAUCCAGCUCAACGAGGCGGAUGGCGUUGAUGCGGAACCAGUGGAGGCAUUGUUUGCGGUCAAGGCAGCACAGCAAAAGUCCAUGUCUCUGAUGAGCCACAUGAACUAUCUUGUCCAGAACAUACAUGCUCUAGCCAAGCAAACCCAAUCGAUGGCGCAAAAGGCUGCGGCCAAGAAGCAAGAAGACACAGACAAGGCCAAUACAGUCGACACAUUUGUCGCCGGGCCGUCCGGUGUGUCUGCUGAAGAAAGAAGCCAUGUCAAAGUCAUACCGCGACCACCUGAAUGGGAUUUUGUAGAGGAUGACGAAGAUUCAGACGAAUCCUACUCCAGCGCAUCGGAUGGAGAAGGCGGCGUUGUUCUACUGCACAAGGCGGAUGCAGAGUCGGGCGCGGAGCCGGAACCAGCGCCAUCACAAGUCACAGAAGUUCAAGAGCGAGGCACCAUGAUGUCCUUCCCGUCCAUUGAGCUACACGGCAUCGAAGUCAUACAGGUGUCCAUUCUCAGCAUCAGCGUAAAAUGCGAACGCUGCAAAACAGUCAACGACAUGACGGGUCUAAAGCCAGGCACGGAGAAGAUGGCAAGCUGUAAAAAGUGCGCCACGCAGCUCACGGCCAAGUUCAGCCAGACCCUCGUCCACGAAAACUCGUCCCGCGCGGGGUUUAUCGAUUUGUCCGGCUGCAAAGUAGCCGACAUGCUCCCCAGCACCUUUAUCCCAACGUGCGCACGCUGCUCAACUGCCAGCCAGGGACUCGUGUCGGUCAGGGGUGAAACCAUGACCAACAUUUGUCGCGAGUGCCACGGCAAGUUCACAUUCAAGAUUCCCGAAGUCAAGUUUCUCUUCGUAUCGCCCGGGUCCCUGCCGCCGGCGACCGUCGGGCCCCGGCGAAGGACGGAGAAGCUGGGCCUCCACGCCGGAGAGGCGCUCCCGGACAGAGGCACCUGCGCGCACUACCGAAAGUCAUUCCGCUGGUUCCGCUUCUCGUGCUGCCAGCGCGUGCACGCGUGCGACAAGUGCCACGACGGUGCCGAGGACCACGUCAACGAGUGGGCAAACCGCAUGAUAUGCGGAUGGUGCAGCCGGGAGCAGAACUACGCGGUGGAGGCGUGUGGUUUCUGCGGACGCAGUGUCAUUGGGAAGAAGGGCAGAGGCUUCUGGGAGGGCGGCAAGGGCACCAGAGACCAGCGGACCAUGAGCCGCAAGGACCCAAGAAAGUACAAGCGACUUGGGGACGUGAACAAGAAGGAGGGGUGA